CGCCAUCCAGCGGCGCGGACAAGCGCUACAGCAGCUCCAGGGAGCGCCGCAUCUGCACCCGCGGGGCGGCGACAGCUGAGCACAUGCACUCUCAAAACUUCGCUGCCAUUCUCACCAUGUAGCCGCAAGCUCAAGGAAAACCUAGAAUGUCAGCGUGGAAGAAGGUACGUUCAGCAGACUGUGCAUGCUUGUUUCUUGAAACGUGCAGAAGAAAACUAAAGUCUACUCUACUCUACGAGCCUGUGUGUAGCGGCGCGCGGGAUGCAGAGCUCGGCAUUACAUCACUCACCUGCCGAGAGAAGGCAUGCUGUGAGGGGUACCGUCAUCAUCAUCAUCAUCACUGUCAUAAUCAUCACACACCUUUGUGCCAAUAUUAUUUGCAGAUGCAUUUGUAUCAGCUAGAUUCAUGGUCUCCACCGCCGUACUUCGAUGAAGACAGCUACCCCUCCCCUCCCAGGAAUAUGAAAGGUUUAUCAAGCGGUCGUCCUCAGCUCACCUUCACAUCAGGACACACCUGUGGGCUGCCAGACUGCGAUCAGUCCCUCGACCCCUUGCAGCAUGUCGGCCACGAUUCCCGCUCUCCCUACCUGCUCAGUCCGACCGAGAGCUGCCCUCUGGAUCCACACCGCUGCUCGCCCCGCAGCUCCAUCCACUCCGAGUGCAUGGUAAUGCCCGUUUCUAUGGCAUCUGACCACGUUUCCAGCAGCACCUUUCCCAGAAUGCACUACAGUUCACACCACGACGGCUCGAGAGACGACGGCUCCGCUUCUCACGGUGGCGGCGGCAGUGGAGGGGUCAGUGUUGGCGGUGGGGGUGGCGGGUCUGGGAAGAUGAAUCGUAUUCCCGCGAACCUACUAGACCAGUUCGAGAAGCAGUUGCCGAUUCACAGAGAUGGUUUUCACACGCUGCAGUACCAGCGCACGUCCGCAACCACCACAAGCAGCGAGCAGCGCAACGAGAGUCCCGGGCGCAUCCGCCACCUGGUGCACUCCGUCCAGAAGCUCUUCACCAAAUCUCACUCGCUCGAGGGGUCGUCCAAGAUGAACGGCACCAAGGGAGACUCUCGCUCAGACAGCGGACACCACCACCACCACCAUCACGGACACCACCAUGGGAACCACAAACACAGCAAACGGAGUAAGAGCAAGGAACGCAAGUCAGACUCCAAGCAACGCUCAGGGAUAGCAGGCUGGUGGAGUUCUGACGACAACCUGGACAGCGACAGCACCUACCGGACUCCCAGCAUCAUGAGCCGCCACCAUGGAGAUCAUAUCACUCACUGUUACCCGGACACAGGCCAUGGCCACUUUGGUGAGCUUUCGCUCAAGACCUCCAAGAGCAACAACGACGUGAAAUGUUCGGCAUGCGAGAGCAUUGCUAUGGCCCCUGAGGGCAAAUUUAUGAAGCGCAGCUCCUGGUCGACACUGACUGUCAGUCAAGCUAAAGAAGCCUACCGCAAAUCUUCCCUCAACCUGGAGAAACCGACCAUGCCUCAAGAUCUGAAGUCCUCCAUGAGGCCUUGUCAUUAUUUGCAGGUCCCUCAGGAUGAAUGGGGAGGGAGAGAUGAGGAGAUCCCAUGCAGAAGGAUGCGGAGCAGCAGUUACGUUAAAGCCAUGGGUGACCAGGACAGUGGAGACUCUGACGGCAGCCCUAAAAACUCCCCACAGAAAAGCAUGCGACCCGAAGCUCUUGUCAAAUCCGUGCUGCAGAGACAACUUUCAGACCAGAGCUCAUACCGUUUGGACAAGUCAAGCCGGGACAUGGUCAAAUACCUCACCAAUAUCACCGCAGAUUUAAGUCAAAGCUACCAUCUUCAUACCUCUAGGGAAAUCCAUCCCAGCAUCACACUGGAACCGUCUCCCAACUACAGCUCGCCGAAGUUCCGCUCCAGGAACCAGAGCUACAUGAGAGCGGUCAGCACCCUGAGCCAGGCCAGCUGCGUCAGCCAGGUCAGCCAGGUGAGUGAGACCGAGGUUAAUGGCCAAUUUGAGUCGGUGUGUGAAUCCGUGUUCAGCGAGGUGGAGUCUCAGGCCAUGGAUGCUUUGGACCUGCCGGGCUGCUUUAGAACACGCAGCCACAGUUACCUACGAGCCAUCCAGGCCGGAUUCUCACAGGACGAUGACUGCGUCCCCUCCAUGACAUCUUCCACUGUCACCUCCACCAUCAGGUCCACCACAGGAAUUCAGUUCCAUCUCCCUUCUUCAGGCAGUGUGGACCGUCCUUCCCAACAAACACCAGCAGUCACCUACACACCCAGUACACCCACCUAUAAGAGGACCCCUCCACCCGUGCCCCCUCGUUCCACCUCCAAACCCCUCAUCUCCAUCACAGCACAGAGCAGCACAGAGUCCACGCAGGAUGCCUACCAUGAGGGACAGCUGGCCAGAGGCAUCUGGGGUUCUGAUGGGUUGAGUCUGAGUUUGGGUCGAGCACUUUAUAACUCCACUGACAGUUUGGACAGUGCCAAAGCCGUCACUAUCGCCAUGGAAGCGGCUGCCAUGGCGAUGGCAGGAAAGAGACACCCCUCCACAGACAGCCAUAGCUCAGUAAUGACCUGUGAUAAAGCUGUGUUGGUGUCCAAAGCAGAAGAGUACCUAAAAACACCAAGGUCCUCAAUAGGAAUACAGGUGGAAGCAGCGACUGAUUCAGAGUGUGAAAGCAAAGGCUCUCGAGAGUAUCAGUCUGUUGGGAUUCAAGUGGAAGACGAGAGACGACAGGGCCGGUUUAAGCGGUCCAACAGUGUCACGGCCGCCGUUCAGGCUGAUCUGGAGUUGGAGGGUUUUCCUUUAAUGGAGGACAAAGGACUUCAGUUUGGAGGAGGUUUCCAUCGUCACAGUGAGCCCAGCACCCCUACGCAGUAUGGCGCCGUUCGGACCGUCCGCACCCAGGGUCUCUUCAGCUACCGUGAGGACUACCGCACCGCAACGGAGCCCCCGAGUCCCCAGCGCAGCCCCGAGCCCUGGCUGGAGCCCUCGCCGCGGGAACCCAUCGCCACCGUGGCGGUUACAGUGACGCCACCCCAACCAACAGAUUCGGGAAGAGCGUCGCCCUCUUGCAGGAGGGACGGAAGCUGGUUCAUGCAAUUGCUGCACACAGAGACGAAAAAGAUGGAGGGAUGGUGCAAAGAGCUGGAGGGAGAGGCGGAAGAGAAUGAUCUGUCAGAAGAAAUCCUAGGCAAGAUCCGGAGUGCUGUAGGAAGCGCACAGCUCCUGAUGUCCCAGAAAUUCCAGCAAUUUUAUUGGCUUUGCCAGCAGAACCUAGACCCCAGUGCCAUGCCUCGGCCCACCUCUCAGGACCUGGCCGGGUUCUGGGACCUGCUGCAGCUGUCCAUCGAUGAUGUUACCUCCAAAUUCAAUGAGUUGCAAAAGAUUAAAUCCAACGAUUGGAGGCUUAUUGAAAGUCCUGUAAAGAAGCUCCCGCCACCAGUACCAAAGAAGACGUUGCGUAAGAGUGUGACGAGGGAAAAAUCUCUGGAUCUCCCUGACCGUCAGAGACAGGAGGCACGACGGCGCCUCAUGGCGGCCAAACGCGCAGCUUCAUUCCGCCAAAACUCAGCAUCGGAGCGGGCCGACAGCAUCGAGAUCUAUAUACCAGAGGCCCAAACGCGGCUCUGAGAGUCACAGGGACACACCUUUAUCACACCAUCACCAUCAUCACUCUCAGUGCCAGAGCCAGUUCAAAAUACAUUCAUCAAAUGAAUCAUCAGAAACAAGAGUUUCAUUCCUGUCAAAAGGGUUUUGUACCUUUCAGAACUGCCUGCAACAUCCAUAUGAAGUUUUCCCUGCUUAGGGAGAGACACUUCACCAAAAUUGCACAACAUAUCGCAAUUGUAGACCCACAUGACAAUGACGUUGCCUGACGAAGCAAAACUUUACAUAUAAGCUUUAAUCACAGCCAAUCUGAUGAUCCCUCUGUGAGUGUCUUUCUGACAUCCAUUUAGCACUUUCAAAAUUGAAAAAUUUCAAGAAUUCAUUUGUUUUCAUUAAAUUAAGAAACCUGAGGAAAAGUCUUUAGUUCCGGUUCCAUCUGGUUCCAUUCGUUCAAGUUCUGUAGCUUUGUAUUUUCGUUCUUACAUUUCAUUUCUCUCUCUCGCUCUCUCUUUUCAUCUUUGUAUUUCUGUUGUUCUCUCUCUCCGUCUCUCUCCAGUGAAGUUCAUAGUAUUUUUCUCAUGAACUCUCUUGUGAGCAUUUAUGUAAGUGCCAGUGCUGAAAUACCUCAAUCAUACAUUUUAGACCGAAGCCGUUGGCCAGAGCGGACAGUCACAGCCUUUUAAAAAAAACGUUGUUGAUCGGGAAAAUUUAAAUCUCAGCCUGAGGGUUUACAUUGCCGGAUUGAAGAUCAGUUUUUAUUAUUCACCUACUUACUGAUAUCAAAUAUAGAGCUGUCACACUACUUCAUACUUGAUCUUUAUGGUUUAUGUCAUUUGAAUUUCUGUAGGUUUUUGGGUGCAAUUGCUUAAAACCUAAAUUUAACAAUGUGAAGGUUCACAAAUGCAUUUUUGCACUUUCUUCUUCUAAAUGUAUGUUUGUAUGUAUUUCCAAGGGAAAUGAAGUUCUAAAAGAUAUUGUUGCAGUUGAAUUGCAAGGUUUUGUGUGAUUAUUGAUUUAUCAUUUCAUGUUUCUGAAUGUUUCAUCCCUUCAGCCUCAUAGUCAUUCAUCAGUUUGUAUUUAUUUUUAUUGAACCAUUUUCCACUCCAUCUGCUGUUAUCAAGCAUCUGGCCCAUGUUCUUUGCAAAAAAAACCUGCCUUUAAUGUCUUUUCUGUGUAUCUUGACAAAGAAAAUCAAUGAUUUUGUCUCGACUGAAAGGAGACAUCGGGUGUUCCUGUUAUUAUCAAGAUGACUUGGCGGAUGGUGAUAGAUGUUUUAUCUGUAAGACUGCAUGCAGUCCACAUAUCACACAUCUGUGAGAACGUGCAGAAUGAUUUAACUGUAUAAUCAAAGUAGAACUGUUCUUGAGUCUAUUUGAUGGCGUUUGUCCUACAGGCGACUGCAGUACACAGGAUGGUUGAUUAUAUUAGAAUAUCAAAACCAAAAAAGCCAAUGUUGCUUUGGAUUGUUAUACAAUCAUUGAAUUUAUUGGCUUCGUUCUGAAUAAAUUACUAAAGAGACCCCUUUCUGUUCCUGAGAGAGAUUUCAGCUUAAACACGCUCUAACAGUUUGAUGUUCUGUUAAUACGAAGCAUAAAUGCAUGACCACUUAUGGUUCCCUCUUAGUGACUCAGUGUCACUGCCGACAGCCUCAAAAACUUUCACAAAUACCAUAUUAUUUAAAAAUGCCAUAUUUUACCCACUAUGUAUCAUUACAGUCAUCCUCUGUCUAUCAUACAAGGUUACAUUUCAUUUCAAAAGUCAAACUAUUUCCCCUCUUGAGACGGCCCUGUUUUUGCUACUGCGUCAUAGAAGGAGAGAGGAGGCCAGAGAUUAGAGGAGAUUAGUUUUAUCACUUCCACUCGACUUCCUUGUAGCUUUAUAUUCUCAAUUUCCUUUGCGAGAUGACCUUGAGAAGAGCUUGUCGUUGGAAGCAAAUAUUUUCUUUUAAUUUCCCUGUGCUCUGUUUUUUUUUUCUUUUUUCGCUUAAGUCAUUGUUCAAACACAAUUACAGCAUUUCAUCUAUGAGAGGCUUGUAAUCGAUGAAACUGGUUUCAGGCUAGAGGAAAUUUCGGGAGUAUUUUCUCAAAACACAAGCCAAAACACAGCAUUUCUGCUGUAAAUUGCGCCUAAAGCCACAAUACAGUGUUCUAGCUCUCAUUUCACACCAACAGAAGUUUUGAUGGAUUAUUUUCUUAAUCAUUAUUUGUAACAAGUUCUGGGCAAUUUACAGCUUUGUAGUGUGAGUCGUGGCCCUCAGGCUUUACAGAAAUCCACAGGUCAUUACUUUACACUCUCCUGGCCUUACAAACUAGUCAAGACUGUUUAAAAAUACACACUAAACUGAUGGGUAACAUUUUACAAAAAGGUCUCAUUUGUUAACAUUAGUUAAUGCAU